AUGGUGCGCCACGACUCCACCGUAACAGUAGCAGGAACCUGGACGCGCAACUUCCUCGAACCCCUCCUCACCAACAAGAACUUCAUGAACAACACCCUCGUCAUGGUAACCUUCGACGAGAACCAUUCCUACGGACAGCAAAACCGCGUCGUGGCCAUACUGCUAGGCGACGCCGUACCCGCCAGCUUAGUCGGCACCACAGACAACACGUACUACAACCACUACAGCGAGAUCGCCACUGUACAAGCAAACUGGGGCUUACGUACGCUGGGCCGCUGGGACGUGGGCGCCAACGUGUUCAAAUUCGUAGCGGAAAAGACGGGUGAUAAGGUUCGAGCUUGGUCGGGCAAAGUUCCGUUGAGCAAUAUGUAUUUCAAUGCGUCGUAUGCGGGCAAGUUGAGCAACAAGAACAAGUCGGUUCCUUGGCCUGUGCCUAACACGGAUGCGGUGUAUGCGGGAAGGGCUGUGUUGCCGGCUAUUGCGGAUACGUGGGGGAAGCAGGUUGGGCAGUCUGCGUAUACGACUGCGUUGGAGAUUCCGGAUGGCAUGCAUCCAGAGGCUGAGUUCAAGUAG